AUGGAGGAAAGCAGCAAAAAAUGCAAGAAAAUGAAGUGUUCAGGCUCACUAUGUAGCAACACAAAGGUCAUGCACAGGCCUGAACCUUCAUCCCCUGAAGACCAGAAGAAGAGGGCUUCAAUGGGCUUAUGUAACAGUGAUGGCUCCAGCAGAUCCAUGAAAGCCCCUCUCAAUGAACUUAAUGGGGCCUCUGUUUCCACUUCAUCUUCUUCACUUUCUCUCUCUUCUAAUUCUCCUUCUGCUAGUGGAUCCUUCAGGGGGAUGCCUUUUAGGAGACUGUCUGGGUGCUAUGAGUGUAGAAUGGUGGUUGACCCUGUUCUUGGAAUCACAAGAGACCCUUCUCUCAGAGCUACCAUAUGUCCAUGUCCUGAAUGUGGUGAGAUCUUCAUGAAAGCUGAAUAUUUGGAGCUUCAUCAGGCUGUUAGACAUGCAGUAUCUGAGUUGGGUCCAGAAGACACAAGCAAGAACAUAGUGGAGAUUAUAUUCCAAUCAAGCUGGCUCAAGAAACUUAACCCAGUAUGCAAAAUAUACCGCAUUCUCAAAGUCCACAACACCCCCAAAACCAUCUCAAAAUUCGAAGAAUACAGAGACGCCAUUAAAGCCAAAGCCACCAAGUUCCCAAAGAAGCACCCACGUUGCAUAGCAGAUGGCAAUGAACUCCUCAGGUUCCACUCCACCACCUUCAUGUGCUCACUGGGCCUAAACGGCUCGUCUAAUCUCUGCAAUUCAAUCCCAAAUUGCAACGUUUGUAGCAUCAUAAGAAAUGGGUUCAAGUUUGUCGGAGAGCCCACCGGAGGACUUGCUGGAAAAGGAAUACUGACGACGGCGACGAGCGGAAAGGCGCAUGACAGUGCCGGAGUGGAGUCGGAGAAUGAAAAGAGGGCGAUGUUGGUUUGCCGCGUGAUUGCCGGAAGGGUGAAGAAGAACAUGGAGGGAAGUGGGGAGGAGUACGACUCCGUUGCCGGAGCUGCCGGAGUUUAUGCUAAUUUGGAUGAGUUGUACGUGUUUAAUCCUAAGGCUAUAUUGCCUUGUUUUGUUGUUAUCUACCAGGGGUUUUAG